AUGCUUCGUCUGUUGUUUGGCGGUGCGCUUAGCUGUGAGAUCCCUGAAGAUUUCGUAGACGUGAGUUCGUUUCGGCAAGUGCCCGAUAACCAAGAAGUAUUUGCAAAUGCGACUACCGAUCAAUGUGUCAUUGUAGAGCUCCUGCAGUUCGAAGAGAGCGUAGACGAUAAUCAGAGCGCGCGCUACUUUUUCAAUGAGAUUGCACAAUCUAAUGGAUGUGGUCCCGAUGAAGUGGCGGUACUUCUUGAAGAAAAGACUGACACUAAACUUACAGGUGUCGACGUCCCCCAUAUUAUGAGAAUUAUAGUUGGCGACCAGUGCGUGGCCAAGUUUAAAGAAGGCGAUCAUGCCAAAAACGUUGUGCGCGUCUACCUGGGCAACAUCCGGCUGCCUAGUGUAACCACUGACGUUGUGCUUUCAGUUUCAGCACCCAUGCGCAUUAAUCCUGCCAGUAGUAGCCGCAAUGCUUUUCAAUUCGAGGACAAUUCCGAGGUGUCUGUGGCCAUAUUUAAGCAGGCGCUGCACUCGUUUGCGGUCAAAGACUGGUCGCUAUUUACAUGA